AUGUUGGAGUUAGAUGGUAGAACACUAACAUUUGAGCAGUUUCGUGAAUGUUGUUUGAAGAGAAAUUUCCCUGCUAUUAUUCGACAAGCUGUGAGAAACUGCGAGGAGGAUGAGUCGAAAGAAAAAAUGUUUUUCUCUUCUCUUGAAGAGAUGAAGAAACGACUAGUACCAGAAGGUUUGAUAAAGACAUUUGGUCCGGAUCAUCUUGUUCCAACCGUGGAAACCAUCACCGAUGUUUCAUUAGAGGAUAAUUCCUCUGAUCUAUGUAUGGAAUUUGGUCAAAAAACUCUGAAUGAGGUAAUGGAAUGUUGGCGUAAUAAAGAAAAAAUACUUUAUUUAAAAGACUGGCAUAUGCAGUCAGAUGUAGAGUCUCUUUCAAAUCAAAAAAAAUCAAAUGAAGUUUUUGGAAACUUUGAAAACAGUGAAGUUCAAGGUAUUGUGCAUGCUGAUGGUUUAUAUCGAGUUCCUGACUAUUUAGGAGAUGAUUGGAUGGAUGAGUUUUGUAGACGUUCAACUUUUGAUGAAGCAAAUUAUAGUUUUUUUGGAGAUGAGAAGAGUGACUAUCGUUUUGCUUAUAUUGGACCACCUAAUACUUGGACUCCUUUACAUUUUGAUGUUUUUGGAACGUAUUCGUGGUCACUUAAUGUAUCUGGUGAAAAACUUUGGUUUUUUCCUUCACCUGAGGGUAAUGAACACUUAUUAGAAAGUGGACUUUAUGGUCUAGCGUUAGCCCCUGAUAUUCGUAUUACUACAGGAGCUGAAAUUUGGACAGUUCAUCAAUACCCAGGAGAUCUUGUUUUUGUACCAAGUGGAUAUUUACAUCAAGUUCAUAAUAUAAAUGGACCCCGCUUUCCUUUGCAUGGGAGAAAAAGUAUACAGACAGAAAACGUAAUGAAUGGUACCGAACCCAGUGCCCUUAAUAAUAAUAAUAAUGAUAAUAAUGAUGAUGAUGAUGAUAGCGUCCCAUUAAUCAUUUCAAUUAAUCACAAUUGGUGCAACGAGUGGUGUAUAGAAAAAAUGGUGGAUGCUUUUUGCCGAGAUGCCAACCGUAUACAAUAUUUAUUAACUGAAGAAGAUCGUUUGGCUUUAUUUGGUGAUGACAUUGUAGCAUGGCACAAACAUGUAGAACGCAUGUUAAUUUGUGGUACAAAUUGGAACUUUGCCUCUAUUCGUAGUUUUCUUAAAUACAGACUUAACCAUCUCAAAAAUGACCAUUCUCUUGUUAAUGGAGGAGAAAUUUCAGUUCAGCAUCUUCUUGAGAAAUGUCUUGAUAAAAUUGAUGCUCUAGAAUUGAGGGUGAUUCACCGCAAGACAAGUUAG